AUGUCUUCUAGAAGUCCACAGUCGGUAUAUAUAAACUCCUGUGAGGGCCAAGAGAUGCAGAAAAAGAAAGCAAGAAAGCAUGCAGAAAAAGAAAAAAAACCCUAUUAUCCUCGCGGUUUGUCACUGCGGCAGGCAAUCGGUGCCGGGAAAGCCGCACACCGCCCUCCGUUUCUUUUGCAAUGCGAGUUGUUCCGGCACAAGCGCCUGGAAAGCGAAAUUAAAGCGGAAAAAAAAACGAAUAUUAAAGCCCGCCCGCCCCCACCACCGUGGGGGCGGGGCAGCGCCGGAACAUGUCGGAUAAUCCGCCGACCACGUGCCCCGUCGCUUUACACGGCUGAGAAGUCCGCAGAAAAGAAAAGAACAGCACUUUGCACGGGUUGCACGCCCAUUGCCAUUUUUUUUUCACACCUUCGACAUUUGCCACGGUUUUCUUUUUUUUCGCUGCCCGGUGGCUCAAAGCGCGCCCAAACCGAAAAGAUUAUAAAACGUAGUUGCCUUGCUCUUCUAUCCAUGCAGAGAUUAAAGAACAGCUACCGUUAUCUUCUACUAGAGUAG